AUGGGUGAUGAGAAGAAGCGAGCAUUGCAUCUGGCCACGGUCGAUGCUGAUGUGAACCUCGAUGAGAUGUUUGGCGAGGAUAGGGAGAAGAGGGAGAAGGCCCUUGUCAGGAAAGUCGACACGAGAAUGAUGCCGUUGAUGAUGUUGAUCUACAUCCUAAACUAUCUCGACAGGAACAACAUCGCUACAGCACGCUUGGGUUCGCUCGAAGAAGAUCUCGGUCUUGUAGGAACGCAGUACAACACCAUCAUCUCCAUCUUCUUCGUCGGUUACAUCCUCACCCAGGUCCCUACAAACAUGAUCCUCAACAAGGUGCGGCCCUCCAUUUUUCUGCCAUGCAUCAUGUGCAUGUGGGCUGGCGUAAGUGCCGCCACCGGUGCGGUUAAGAAUUAUCCCGGCAUGGUUGUGUUGCGUUUUGUGCUGGGUUUCGUCGAAGCGCCCUUCUUUCCGGGUGCCCUCUAUCUCUUUAGUUCAUGGUACACAAAGCGUGAGCUCGCUAAGCGCAUCUCAAUCCUGUAUGCGGCUGGCCAAAUGUCGGGCGCGUUUGGAGGUCUCCUUGGAAGUGCCAUUAUGAAAGGUAUGGAUGGAAAAGCAGGCCUCCCAGCGUGGCGCUGGCUCUUUAUUAUCGAGGGAGUUGCUUGCUUUCCAGUUGCACUCGUCGCGAUCUGGAUCCUUCCCGACUACCCGGCUACAACGAAGUGGCUAACCGACGAGGAGCGCAAACUCGCCGUGCUCCGCAUUGCAGAAGAGGCAAACCAGGAAGAUGAUCGAUCCGAAGUCUCAUCCUUACAGGGCUUGAGGAUGGCAUUUACCGACCCUGCCCUAUACAUGAUUUGGUUCAUGCAACUGGGACUGAACACGGCCUCUUCUUUCAUCAACUUUUUCCCGACUAUCGUCGCUACACUGGGCUAUGGCCAGACAACCACUCUCCUCUUGUCUGCCCCGCCAUAUGUAUUCGCUGCUAUGCUCGGCAUUGCCAAUUCCUGGCACAGCGACAAGACUAGUGAGCGUUACUGGCACGUCGUCUGGCCUCAGGUAUUUUGUUGUAUUGGAUUCAUCAUGUCCAUUGCCACGAUGAACCUCGCUGCUCGUUACACCGCGACCUUUAUGAUGAUGAGUGUAUACGGAUCGUUCGGUUGCAUCUUAUCCUGGAUCUCUACCACGCUCCCGCGUCCGCCACCGAAACGUGCUGUGGCGUAUGCUGUCGUCAACGCAGGAUCGAACCUCGCUUCCAUAUACGCUUCGUACUUCUACCCAAAAACGCAAGGACCAAGGUACUGGCAGGCGAAUGUUGCGAACGUGGCCUUUUCGGGUGCUUGUAUCCUUUUUGCUACCGUGUUGAGGUUUUAUUUGAGCUGGAGAAACAAGCAGCUUGAUAAGGCUGUCGAGGAGGAUAUUCGGGAUGGCUUCACGGGCCACGAAGAGGAUUCGAAGGCCGCACUAUUUGGCGCCAAGUGGCAGUGUGAUCCUGCUUAUCGCUUCACGUUGUAG